GUGUGGAGAGUUAACGUGGCAACGUAGUUCUGCCUCUUGGCUCUUUCCCUCGCCCUCUCUCCUUCUCUGCAACAGCAAUUUUGACGCCAAUCCACACCCUCUCUGGGCGUUUAUUGGCUUCCCUCUCAUCUCCAGAAGAACAGUUUCAGUCCACUCAUAAAUACAAGACAGUAAAAAUGCUGAUAUCAUGAGUUGCAGUUGGCAGAUCAGACCCAUUUCAGCAAUUUCUUUGCGUUAUGCUUUGAUGGGUGCUCCUAAACAAAAAUGGACAGCGGAAGAAGAAGCAGCUCUGAGGGCUGGAGUUGACAAGCAUGGUGCUGGUAAAUGGCGCACAAUACUCAAGGAUCCUGAAUUUAGUGGCGUCCUUUAUCUGCGCUCAAAUGUUGAUCUGAAGGAUAAGUGGAGGAAUAUGAGUGUGAUGGCAAAUGGAUGGGGUUCUCGAGAAAAAGCUCGGUUAUCUAUUAAGAGGCUGCCACAUAUCCCUAAACAUGAUGAAAACUCUAUGGCACCAACCACUGAUGUUCAGAGUGAUGAAGAAAUGGUGGCCGAUGCUAAGCCUCUUGUUGUCUAUAAUGGUGGAUUGCAGGUUUCUGCUCCCAAGAAAUCCAUUGUGAGGUUGGAUAACCUCAUAAUUGAAGCUAUAACAAGCUUGAAAGAGCCUGGUGGUUCUAAUAAGACAACUAUCGGUUCAUACAUAGAGGAACAAUAUUGGGCGCCCCCAAAUUUCAGGAGGAUAUUGUCGUCAAAGUUAAGGUCUUUGAUAACAAGUGGCGAACUGAUUAAGGUUAAACGCAGGUAUAGGAUUGCUCCUGCAUCUUAUUUUGAUAAAAAAAGAAAUUCUUCCAUCUUAUCCUCGGAGGGAAAACAGAGGGUCUCCUUAAAAGUUGAACAGGAUGACAUUGAUGUGCUUAUGAAAUCCCAAAUGGAUAUGGAGUUGGCCAAGAUGAGGACAAUGACUCCAGCAAAGGCUGCUGCUGCAGCUGCGCGAGCAGUAGCAGAAGCGGAAGUUGCGAUUGCAGAAGCGGAAGAGGCUGCAAGGGAGGCAGAGGCAGCAGAAGCUGAAGCAGAUGCUGCACAAGCUUUUGCAGAAGCAGCUUUAAAGACACAGAGAGAAAGAAACAAUUCUAAGAUGAUGAUCCCAGCUUGAUGGAAUGCUCGGAAUGGUUUAUGGGCUACUGGGCUACAAUGGAUUGUAUCUUCUGUCUGUCUUCACACCCAGAUUUUUAGUGUAAAUAAAGUAAGGCCCUUCCAGCAUGGACAUAUUUAAUUUGACCCUUUGCUAGAGGGUACAUGGACUCCCCACAGUUUGGUAGAAGUAGUGUUCUUUUCGUCUUAAAAAAGCAGUCUUUUAGGAGUACCCCCGCCCCCGGCCCCCCCCCCCCCACACACACUGUCAAUAAUUUAGCAGCAGCUUUAGGAGUUGUAUUUGCUUACCGAUCCAAUUAGUUUGCUUUCUUUUCAUCUGGAUUGGUUCUGUUUGUAUUGUUGUUUUUGGCCACCUUUCGAACUUUUGUUUGUAGUUAAUGUUACGCAACGGGGAUAAUUUUUCCAUUGCAUUA